CCCUCAUCCACCUCCUCCCCCCACCGUCCCCUCAACUCAUCAUAAACCUCCAUCACCCUCUUCUUCCCCGAGCAAGCAUCAAACGCCCUCAAAACCCAAACCACCAACCAAGUCUGCAAAUGCACCCCCGUCACCUCCCCCCCUCUCCCCCACAGCCCUCAGCAGCGCCUUGAAAAUCUCCUCCAAAUGCCUCUCCGACCACGCACUCCUGUGCAACCUCCCGUGCCUCGCAAAGCCCUUGAACAGCCCCAAAAAAAUCGCCCCGUGCAGCGGAAUCUGAAAAUACUUCAUCUCAUCCACAUACCUCGCCACCCUCCCCAAAUCCCCCUGCUUCCCAUAGUAAUUCACCAAUAUCCUAUAAGUCUGCAGGUCCGGCGUCGUCAACGCCAUGCUCUGAAACCUCUCCCUCUGCUCGGGGAACCUCCUCCCCAACUUCCCCAUCAUCAUCAACGCCUGCGUGAUCGCCCUCUCCGUCAUCCCCCCCUUGAUCGGCACCUCCCCCAAGUCAGAAUUCGCAGCCUUCAUCCUCUCAUAUAUCCUAUCCGCCGCCGUCUCCUCCCUCGCCCUCAGCAAUCCCGACAUCAUGGCGUUCAGCACCACCGUGUCGACAAUCUCCCCCCGCUCCACCAUCUCCCGGUACGCCGCCCUCAUCCCCCCAGUCUCGUACUUGAGACUAAAGUAGUAAAUCAGGCUGACGUAGUGAUACCGAUUGUACACAUGCCCUCUCUGCUCCAUCUCCUUGUAAAUCAUCUCGGCCAGCACAAAAUUGCCCGCUUUGCAGGCGACAGUGAACAGAAUGUUGAACGUGACAUCGUUCCCCUUGAUCCCGGCGUCAAUCUCCAUCUCCCUCCACAUCUUCAACGCCUGCUCGUUUUCCACCUCUGUGAUUCUGCCGACGUAUUUGCUGCCAAAGUGAAUGACCCUGUUCCACUCACUUCUCGUCAGGGCAAUCCCGCUGUUUUUGACAUCGCCAAUCACAGUAAAGUAGCGCAUCAUGGAUCUGGCAUUCAGCUUGGGAGGUUGACCGAGGGCUUUCAAUAGUUGAUGUCGAAAGUUGGCGUCGAGAUGCAGGAUUUUCGGUUCGGGGAGGCGCUGGUACAGGGAGUAAACGGUGUCUAGGUCGCCCAUUUCGGGCUUGAUGAGGUGGUAUCUGACGGCGAAGCGCAGCUCGAAGAGGAUUUGUUCAUCUUGUUGAUUCCGGGGGCGGAUAACCUCGUCGGGAGCAGGGUACUCGACUUGUUCUUUGGUUUUGGCGAGGGAAAUCUUGGGGGUGUCGGCUUGGGCAUAACCGCGCAUGUAGGGAUCAGCAUGCAACUCGACAUAAUCGCUCAGGGGCGCGAUGGGUUCCCCAUCGUAGGGGUCGACGAGGGCGAGGAGCUCUUCUUUGGAGUGGCCUGGUGGAGGGUGGACUGUUUCUGACCCUGGGUCUGGCUCGGAGCACAAAGGUGAUAUUUCGUCGUUGGCCGGUGCUGGAGGUGUAGCUCUCGCGGUGUUGCUCUUUGCUAAAUAAGCCAACGACGGCCGGAAGGAGCUCCAGAAUCGGAUGGUCGAGAAUCGGCGGAGGGUCGGGAGGGUCAAGGCAUAGUGAAGCGGGGCUGUCGAGCGGUAGUGAUGAUUCAGAAAACCCCUCCCCGACCCUCCGCCAUGGUUAUAACACGCAGGUAAGAUAUUGGUCUGCCAUUGCCAGGUCGACGACGUUGACGACGACGGGCGGUGCAAAAAGAGGAUCGCGCCGCAUAUCGACCCGUCAAUUCGUCUGGAGACUUUCAUGGGCUGUCGUCCAACAUGGUGGCCUGCCGUCAGCCCGACCUCGCAUGCCCUGUGUGUCGUUGUGUCGAUGCUCCCGUGUCGGUGGUUGGUUCGUCCGGCAGUUUGAAGGGGAGCGGAGUCACGGCGCCGGGGGGUCAAGGUCGUCGUCAACGAUGGGGGGCGUUGAUAAAGCACAAGAAAAAGUCGACAUCGAAGCUUAUCGCAACUGUGCUCUGCUUGCCCCCACCUUUAGCAAGGAUUAUAGCGCUACAGCGCUACUAAGCUAAGGUACGAACCAAUGACCGCUGCCGCAAAGCCCAAGCUCCCGCCGUCAUGGAGGGGACAAAAUUUCUGCCAGGGGCAUUUCUCUCAUAAAACCCCAACCCUCCCCAAUCAAAAAGUUGGAAUGCCCCACAAUUCAAUCGGCACUACUUCGUACCAACCUUGAAGAUUGGCCAGCCGUUAUCCCAUAUUUUGAUAUCGUGGGGAUUGCGAUUGCGACUGGGGACGGCAACAUACCACCAUCACCACAACCCCCUCCCCGAUUUCUCACCAGAUCCUCCUCCCUCCCGGGGAGUAGUCCUCCAUCAAAAUGGCCCGCGGCCCCUCCCGCCUCCUCGCCUCGCGCGUCCACCAGACAGCCACCGAAUCCCUAGCCUCGACCGUCUACCCAAAAACCUACAAUCCUUCCCCCCCCUGGGUCGCCGCCCUAGCCAACAUCCCCCCCUCUGAAAUCUGGACACGCCCCUACCCAGCCCAGCACGCCCUCCUGCCCGUCCGCCUCCCCAAAUCACGUAAGACCCCCCCGAAAAAUCUCUACCGCCCAACCAAGAUCGAGCACCCCGAGGACCGCCUCCGCAAGCAAUUCUACUCCGACCACCCAUGGGAACUCGCCCGGCCCAAGCUCCUCAUGGAAAUCGACGGCAAGGACGCUCGGUAUCGGGAUUGGAGCAAAGGACUCCGACAGCCGGGGAUGAAAUUGUCUGGAGAGAGUGUCGUCCAACGCCAACUAUAUCUCAUGCAGCACGCCAAAAUGACGCGAGCGCAAGCCUACGACGUUGCCCGCAAGGAGUUCUACAAGCUCCGCCGCUUCGAGGAGACAGAGGCCAGGAUAGCCCAGGAAGAAGCGAGGGCCUACGGCGCCUACUUUGGCAAGACGGUCAACCAGGUCGGCAUGGAGCUCGAGGACAAGGAGUACAACAACUGGCUCAAGUGGGCUGGGGAGGAGAUUACAGGGCAGGAGAUGGAGAGGCAGGCGGCCUACGCGAAUGAUAUUGAUUUGCCCGAGGUGGAGGCUGAGGAGGCUGCCGAUGUGUAGAGAGUGAGUGAUUGAGUGAGUGAGUGAGUGGGUGGGU